UUAGCAUUGCGAUAGUGAUAGAGAAAAAGGUGGGUGAAGGAAAGCAUGGGAGACAUUGUAAACCUAGGAGCAGGACUAGGAGCCCCUUCAAUCCUCCUAACUACGAGGAAGUGGUCUUGCCGUUCCCAUUCUCAAUUGACCAAGCAUGACUCUCUCAAUAAAAAAUGGAGCAGUUUGCAGCGCAAGCUCAACACCAACGGCAGAUUCCUUUGCCUUUUCUCAGACAACAAGAGACAGGAGCAAGCUAGAAAAGCAUUAGAAGGUGCCCUAAGUGGGAAGAAAAGUGAACUUGAAAAGUGGGACAAGGAGAUUAAAAAACGAGAAGAGCUAGGAGGAGGAGGUGACACUGGUGGAGGAGGUUGGUUUGGAUGGGGUAGAUGGUUUGGCUGGUCUAACGAUGAUAAUUUUUGGCAAGAAGCGAAACAAGCUAUUCUUACUAUACUUGGUAUCAUUCUCAUAUAUCUCGUAGUUGCAAAAGGUGAUUUGAUCCUUGCUGUCAUCUUCAACCCGUUGCUGUAUGCACUACGGGGAGUGAGGAAUGGAUUUGGUUUUAUAUCAUCAAAAGUCUUGAAAAAUACUUCUACCAUUAAUGGGCCUGAUUUCGAUGGAUUUUUGAAGAAGGACGAUUAUCAGCAUGUUUCUGCUAAAGAGAACGUUGUAAGGAAAUGGGGUAGUGACUAGUGAGUUACUAACUUCUUUACAGGUUUGGCAUUACCCCUCUUGGUUUGUUCUACAUUACUUUUGCUCCAUGCGGCAUGAUAGUGUAGUUAAUAUUGUCGUAACUCAGAAUUUGCUUUUUCCCUUCACAUCUGUACGAUUUUCCCCCUUCUAUUGUUGUCCUGAAAAGUUAGUAAGGGUUCAAAAGCUCCUUUACAAGUUUGUGAUUGAUUAGGAAUUUUCAUUUCUAUGAAAGUAAAUGAGUUGGGAGCUACUGGUUUAAUCGAUGUCUACUUUGAAAUUUUAGUUUCAACAGCAUCGUGAUUGUUUUGCA